AUGCAGUCGAACGUUUCAUGGGCCACAGCGGCCGCAGAGUGGGAGUCACACAAAGGAUUGAUCGCCUACUUCUACUUGACUUGCGGCAAAACACUGCGAGAGGUCAAGGAAAUAAUGCACCAGCAGUAUUCAUUCCAAGCGACCGAGAGGAUGUAUAAGGCCCGGCUCAAGACAUGGGGCUUCAGAAAAUAUCUGAAAUCCUGCGAGGCUGAAGGUUUUGCGCAUACCCCCGUCGAAGGGCCCCAAGACCACGUACCAGUUAUGUGUCAGCGGCAGCUUGUAUCUAAAAGGGAGAUGGCCCUCAAUACCCAGAAGGAGUUGAGUUCAACGCAUUGUAUGGGCGUCGAGACUGGCUUGAAUCCAAAUCCACCGGUUUAUCUCGGCCUCAAGCGAAUCGAACCUCCAGAUCACCUCCGGUCCAGUGAGGCAGCACUGUGGGCAGUCGUCAAUUACUCGAAAGCUUCCUUUGAGACGAUGAGAUGGAAUUUGACAGAUCAUGAUCUUGGCGCCGACCGCACGAGGAUUUGGUGGAUUGAGAUACAGUUAGCAGCACAAGCAGUGAAGGACGGGCGAGAGACUGAAGCAGGAUUCGCUGCCUUGAGCAAAUGUUGCGGGCAGUACCGGUCGAUUCUGCAAAGGGAUGACGCAAUCCUGAUACACUGCUCCUAUACGGCCAUUCUGCAGCUUGCUGCCAUCGGGAAGGACCUGGCCAUGCUACUUCUCAACUUCAUAUCUGAGCUGUGUCACAUCGAGCUUGGGCCUUCGCAUCCUGUUGCGGCUUUCUGGGCUAGUAUACGCAACAUAGGUGUAUCAGGAGCUCGUGAUGCUGCUGAGCCAAUCAUGAAAGCGCAGCUCAGUUUAAUCGAGGAUCACGCGUCCCCAGGGAGCCUUGCAGCCGCCAUUUUUUCUGGCACACUUGAUCCUGAAAGCGUCCAGGAUGUGACAACGGCGACGGUCGCGAGAUUGUGCAGCCGUUCAACCGAAAAUAGCAGCCAUUGGAUGCAUUGGCACAUCUGGGCUCGGCUGUCCUCAUCUCCGAGUCUUUACGUCGACCAUGGCACAUUUAUCGCCACUCAGUACGAUACACUGUUGCGCCGGCUUGACCAGGAUACCCUCAGGAGAACGAGACCAUCUAAAAUCCACCUUGAGAUGGACAUUAUGCAAGUGACGGGUUCUAUACAGGAAUUCAUGGGCCGAACCUCCCAUGCCGAACAAUUCUACAGACGUGCAGUUGAUCUAGCUCUUCAUCAGAACUCCAUGGAACAUCCACGUAUACUCGAAGCGUACAAUUCUCUCCAAUCUUACUAUACCCGCCAAGGUGACGCUUACGCAGCUCAAGCUUUGCGUUACGAAUGGAAAAUGCAUUAUUGA